CUUUUGAGCAGCAGCAGAAGCGGCGACGUGGAGCCGCAGAACAAUAACACAACAGAGUUAUCAGGUUAAAGAUGGUUCAGGACAACGCGCAGAUACGGCGGCAGGGUGCCCAUGACUUCAUGGCGUACUAUGAAUUUGCCUGUGCUCGGCAGGAUUCAGUCCCUCUCUCUGCUGUUAAGAUGAAUCUUGAGAAAGGGUUGCUGGACUUUAACGGAGACAGGAUCAAAAUAAAUGACUGGCCACCAAUUCUUCAUUCUAUAUCCAUCAACAAGCACCUACACCACAUUGCAAUAAGCAGCACAUACCGAGCUAGUCUAGCUUCUGGUGAUGCAGAUAAAACCUAUCCUAAGGCUGCCUUCAGGAGGAGGGUCCCAGCCAUUUGCUCCAAGGACAUGACUUUAAAGUUGUGCAAGGCCCUGAGAGAGUGUUUGACUGUUUCUCCCAACCUCAAAACUCUGCAGCUUAAAGGUCUUCUGCUGAGAGAGAGGGACCUAAUCACCUUAACAAAGGGUUUGGCGAAAAGUACUUCCUUGGAAAAUCUAUCCAUGGCUAAUUGUCCGAUCUCUGACCAGGGCUUAGAGAUCAUUUGUCAAAGUGUCAAGUAUUCCUCGAGCCUUCGGACAAUAGAUUUCACUGGAUGCAGUCUUACCUGGCGAGGAGCAGAACAUUUGACCAACAUCAUCAAGUAUCAAGGAAUGCAGAGACAUGGUACUGCGUGGGCAGAGUCUCUGAGGUACCGACAUCCACAGUUUGAGGGGAUGAGAGGUCUCCGUCGUGUCACUCUUAACUGUAACACUUUGAUUGGGGAUCGAGGUGUCGCUGCGCUUGCACACGAGCUUGCUGAAGACCUCUGGAUUAAAGCUGUGGAUCUACAGAGGUGUGGUCUGUCCAAUGAAGGAGCUCGUCGUUUGUUGGAAGCCUUGAAAACAAAUUCUUCACUGCGUGUACUGGAUAUCCGUAGUAACCCUUUAGUUGAGAAAGUCUUAAUUAAAACUGUGAUAGAGAAAGUACUAAUGAAUGCUGAUGGACAGCCAACAGAGUACUGCUGGAUCAAGCCCGAAACGACAGAGCCUCAAAGAGUUCCUGGUCCAAAAAAGCGGGCCCUACACAGCACAGUAAGAGGAAAAACUACAUUAAAGAAAGGUGUAGCCACUUACAAAGGAGCAUCUCCUGGAGGAUGGAGUUCACUUGUUGUUCAGACAAACAAGUCCAGCUCCUGUAAUGUACCUUGGCGUGCUGCGGCACGGGCUGAGCGCCAGAGAGGUCUGCCUCCUGGAGUUAUGGUGACAGGCCCGAGCCUUCAACAUGCGACUGCUGUGAAGGUUACCGUGGAGUCGGAUUCAGAGGGAGAAGAGGACUAUGAUGAUGAAGAGGAAGAAGUGGUUGACGUGGACCAGAGACCGUCUUCUGUUUGCCUCCAAGAAACGAUCACUGCAAGACAGUAUGAGCGUAUCCAGAUGGAGCUGAAAGAGUGUCGUCUGAGGCUGGCAGAAGAGCGCAGGGCCAGACUGAAAGCUGAGUCAAGGCUCAUGGAGUAUGAGUUGGAGAAUGCCAGACUUCGUGAUGCGAAGCAGUCCCUGUCAGAAGCACUUGCAGCCUCCGGUUCUGCAGCAGCAGGACCUGCUUUCAGCCCUCUUGAAGAUGACGCAGUUCUUGAGAGUAUAGAAAACUCAUUUACAAAGUUCCACGCCUUCCUGGAUCUCCUCAACGAUGCAGGCCUAGGUCAGUUGGCUUCGAUGGCUGGUAUUGACAAGUCAGAUCUCCAGCCUCUGGGAAGACCUCAGCUCUCCUCUACAAUAGGACCACACCCGGAUGGUGCAGCGUCACUGACUGCAAGGGAGUUCAGAGAUGUUCCUGACAGGAAUAAUACAAUGUCUGUGGCAGCGACCGUGGCGCCUGUUGUUUCUGAUAAAGUAGCUGACACCACCACUCACAGAUUUCCUUCCCCUGUCAGGGCAUAUUGUGGUUUGACACAUGCAGCUGAGCCUGUUGUCAGUCAAUAUUUACAGCCUGACAGGGAGCAUGAGUCAAGCACUGAGUACAGUCACUGCAGUCGAAAGUCUUCAGCUGGUAUUUCUGUGGGUAAAACCUGCCAGACUCAGUGGAGCCCCCCCAGGACUGGUACCGUGUCUCAGAGCAGCAACAGUUCCCAUCGAUACAGCUCCAACAACAGCUGUGUGAACAGUCAUACCUCCAAAUGCAAUGCAUCUUAUGUCAGUUCAUCUGACAGCGUUGGUGAGAUUAUAAAGGAGAAGACGGAGUCUGCAGGAUCUGUAAGAUCAAGAAACGGUGAAAAUGGUAGAAUGGUGAUAAUUGGUCAUUUGGGGUCAGAGAAAACAGCCUAUCCUGGGAGGGGCACCCUGGAUCAGAUUGGAUCUGUGGGAGAUCAGUCGGAUGUUGACUCUUUCUGAUAUUUAUGACCACCAAAAUUAAUUAUUCAUUAUAUAUAUAUAUAUAUAUAUAUAUAUAUAUAUAUAUAUAUAUAUAUAUAUAUAU